AUGGUUAAGAAAGCUCUUUUGUGGAUCUCCAGCCCAGAAGAUCUCGCUGAGGCCACGCUCCAAGGCUCCACAUCCAGCAGGAGCCUUGUGAUGCUCUUAAAGCAGAGACAAGAACGAGAAGCCAAUUUUGUCCAGAAGAAAGCGGAGAGGGCCACCGUCAGAAGCCAUUUCCGGGAUAAGUACAGACUUCCAAAGAACGAGACGGACGAGACCCAGAUCCAGCAGGCCGGGGACGAUGUGGUGCUGCCCACGGAGCUGGCCAAGAUGAUCGCGGAGGACAAUCAGGAGGAGUCACACAAGCAGUCGGUGCUGGGCCAGCUGUCCAACAUCCAGAACGUGGACAUCGACCAGCUGAAGGACAAAGCGCAGGCCACGCUGGAAGACCUCAAAAAGCAGACGGAGAAUUGCAGCCUCAUGUGAUCCGGCCCGCUCUGGAGUCCCAGGGGGGAUUAGAGUUUCACUCACGCACAUAUUUUUCAAAGGCAGAGCUACUCUGGAGGUAGAUGGGUUCCUAUUGCUUUAGA